AUGAUCAAACAGUAUCAGAGAUGUUUUGCAGAAACAGUUGAUCAGGCAACUGUUUCUACACCUCCAGAAACAUGCGCAGUAGUAAUGCUGGGAAUAGACAACGAAGUCAAAACAGUUACUGAGCUUCAAAAAAUAUUUCCAAAAAAAUGCAUUUAUUUUGGUGGCAAUCCUUUCCAUGAACCCAGCAGAACACUGAUGGAAGCUGUUGGCGGUAAAUUUAUCGAAACAGAGACUAUAACGAGUGAUGAAGAGAAAAGACCGAAAGGAGCAAGAAAUCGUCGUAUGAACCUAAAACAAUUUACAGAGUCAGUACAGGUUUCUGGAAACAUUUUUGAUUGGCUGUUUGCCGAUAAUGAAGGCGAAAAGACAGACUUGUUUUCUGCCCUUAUGAAAGGUGGUCUCUUUGAUGUACUUCAUGUAACUGUUUGCCAAAUGAAUAUGGAGCUAGACUUUUGGAAAAUGGGACUUGCAGAAAAAGAAACUUUCGUAAAUUUCCUUCUAGACGCUUCUUGGAAUGAAAGGUAUGUUUUUUUGAAACUAAGAUAUUCACAGAAAGCCACAAUAUCGUUCUUUGGACUAAAUAUACAAGAUGAGGCCUGUCGUGAACGGUACUGGUUGGACAUAAUCCAUAAAAGACUCAGUGCAGAAAAUAAAACUGUUUAA